AUGCAGCUCGCAUCGUCCGGGACGCGCGCCUUGAUAGGCUGCCAAACGUUCCGCUUCACACCCACCGGCGGCGGUCUCGCACGGAUCGCUCGUUCGAUACACAUCCCGUCCACACCUGCGCAGACGCGGACAACCGCACAGACGCUCUUCAGACAUGCUCGAACGCUCCUGUCGCGGUUCGCGACGCACCUCACCACUCCCGGCAUAGGCUCGACUGCACACGCUGCACGUACGUUGUAUUCCGGGCCGGCGCACACUCGCACGAUCCAGCAAGGUCUGUCCUUGCCCGUUAGAUAUGCCCUCGCCCAUCCGUUCCGUGCCCCGCACCUCCCGCGUGCUCCCGCUGUUCCGCGUAACACGACGCAGGUCGGCUUGGGCCUCGCGCGCAACUUCUCGACUGCGCGUCCCGUGUUCCAGAGCCUGGCCGACAAUGUGCCGGUGAGCGGCCGCGCCUUCUGGGAGGCCGACUGGGACAUGAAGAUGCAUGACGAGCGGGAGAAAUUGCGGAUGAAGAAAUACAAGAAGGCGCAGGAGAAGAAGGCUAGGAAGGCUAGGAAGGAGAUGCGGCAGACGCGUGUCGUCCCAGCGGAGAAGCCCGUUGAGCAGGUGGCCGCUGCCGAGGAGGACAAGUCUAAGGACGACCUGGAGCACUACUUCCCGGCGCCUACUACCCCCGAUGUGACGACGCACCUCCUCAUCCCCCUCGCACCCACUCCGACCGCACGCAUGCCUUUGUCGCCUUCGCCGUACCCUUCAACCACUUCCGCACAUCCGUUACUCCCGCUCCCAAUAAUCGCCGGACUGCACAAUUCGCAUAACACGCACGCCUUACGUGUGUCCUCGCUCUUCGCGCGACUUGAUGCAGCCAAAGUCUUCACUUCCUCUGAUGUCUGCUGCACUGCGCGGGGCGAUCCUCGUGGUUUGUGCACGCUACUCGAAGUGCGAUUCGUAGGCUGGGACGCCGCGCGUGUUCGAGGUGUGCUCGGCGAGGCCGGCAGCGGAUGGUGCGUAUUGGAGGAGGUGCGGAGCGGUGAGGAGCAUGCCGAGUCCGCGAGCAUGGACGCGAUCUUGGAGGAAAUGAGUGUGGGGAGCGAGAGCGACGCCGGCGCAGAGGCAGAAGUGGAGAAUAGCGCACAGCCGGAGGUAUGGCACCAGAGCGUGGGCGGGAUCGACCCCGCGCACUCGUUCGUCCUCCCUACACUCGAUUUCUCCGCGUCGUUCCCUGUCGCGUCGGAUACGUGGUCCGCCUCUCCGCCGUUGCCGGACGUCCUGUCGCUCUCGUCCGGGUUGUCAUCGCCAUUGGCGGAUCUGGAGUUCCACAAUGCAUGGUCGUCUGCGACGCUGGGCCGCACGCCAUUACCGCCGUCGUCAAGUGCCAUCAAUUCGGGUAUCCCCUUCGAGACUCUUCACGGUGAUUUCAGUGAUACGAACUCGGAUACGAGCUGGAUUGACCCACAGUUGUCUCCGGCUGGGUCUGACUCGCAGAGCUGGUGUGGAGUAGGAUUCAGCUCCAAUUUUUCAGACAAGAUACAGUCAGAGGCUGAAGUGUUUUGA